AGCUUAACGAGUCCACACGAUCCGCCGGGUAUUCCCAUCGCCGCCUUUGUAGCCAUUACCUUGCUUCAGGUACCUUACCUUACCGCCUUACUUAUCUCCCACCUGGGUGCCACUUCCGGAAGCUGCCCCGCCAAACGCAUUGUUGAGUCACGUGAUGGCGGGGUGACUGUGCGAGUAUGAUGGAAACGGCACAGUACGGAUACGGCAUUGUCGGUCCCACCCAUUUGAGGGCCGUCACCGCCUCAGCUCGCCACAUUCAAUGCGCCACGGAAGCGGCCCCCAAUUUCCAUCUCCGCCAAGCCCAACACAUCUCUGCCGGCGGCCCGGCAGAGCUCUAGCCCACCGUCCAUCUCUAUCGUCGUUGUCGGUAUCAAUAAUCUUUGGUUUUCAGCAGGAAUGAAGGAGCGAGACAGACGAUUAACAGAUGGGAAGGUAAGGAAGGACGUGCAGAAUGGAAACAUUAGGAGGAAGGAGCUACUUCCCAAAUAUGUUUGGUUCGUCCAUGCAAGAAGGAGCGCGUAUUCCAUGUUAGCCACCGCAGCUACCUUCAGCCCGACUUGCGCUCGAUGUUUCCACCUAUCUUUAUUCUGUCUGCCUGCAUGCGGUCAACAGAGCUGCCUACAAGCGGCGAAGUCGAGGACGCUUGAUCACCGACGGAAGUCCGCCCACAACGCACCUCGGGAGUCGAAAGACGGGACGUUUCCGUCUUCAGCUCGGUCCUGCGCAGUCGUAGUCGUCUAUCCAAACGAUCGGGCCUUUGGACUUCUUGUCCCCAUAACGCUGGGUUCCAGGCUGUACUGCAUCUCUCCCAGGCUUUGGCCUCUCUUCAUCAGAUGGAAUUGCGCGCGCCAGCGUACACGUCCGAUCAUCUGGAUAAACUAUCAGAGUUGUUUCCACUCGAGGCCUCUCACGGGAUGCUACAUUGUCAACGGAUUGUCACCCGGGGCACCGCCUACGUUACGCUUGAUCCGCCGCUGUAUCACACCUUAAAUGACCGCCCUGGUCGUCUUGUCAUCCCAACAACAACGUUUCCCGGCUCCCAAGUCCUGAUUUUGGACGGAUUCACGAAUCCAUCUACGGGCUAGGAAAGAAAUCGAAACGAAGACUGAAUUUCUUAGAAGAGACACAGACACCAAAGCCCAGACUUAUUC